AAUUCAAGUGGAUUAACUUUCAUCUUUGCAAACUUAACAAAAAUUUCGAAUCGUCUAUCACAUUUAAGUUGGAUGGUCUAAUUUUUUCGAAUAAACACAUUGAUGUGAUUGUUGUUAUUAUUAUUUUUUUUCUUCUUCUCAUUUGUGUUGGAAAUUGAAAGAAAAAAAAUCACAGUAUAGACGACUGACAGUGGAGAGAAGACAAGAGAAUCAUAUAAUCGGCAUUGCGUCGCAAAUCGCAGUCGACAGUUUUGCAGUGACAAUUGUGCAGGAAUAAACCGUUUAUGUGAUUAAUAAUCACUGAUUACAUUACAAUCAUCGUUGUUUAAAUAUAGAUAUUUAUUUCAUUUGGUAUUCAGUUUCAAAUAGACAAUAAAAACUGAAACAAAGUCAUUCAGAUAGAAGGGCAUUGUUUAUAAUAAUUGAGUUAAAAAAAAAACAUACACAUCAAGUGCAGUGAUACGGUGGCGCUAAUUCGGUACAAAAUUUCGGUCCAAAAAAAUUGAAACGCAAUAAUAAAAUGCUGAAAAUUUAAUACGAUACCAUUGCCCAAAACGAUCAACACACAUAGAAGAAUUAUUUUAAAAAAAGCACAUUUUAGUUGAGAGUGAAAGCGAAUAAGGAAAAGAAAAAAGAAUACUAUAAAUUCAAGGUGAAAAUAAUCUAUCAGAGUCUUCUUUUGAGUUGUUUACCGCGUGAACCGGAUUUCUUACUGGAAAGACACACGAAAAAAAAAUAUAUAAUAAUAAACGGAAGAAACCUUUCAGGAUUUUACUUGGAAAAAAUUGUUCGAUUUUGUUUUUCUUUCGUUGUUUAUCUUCGGCUAUAAUUGAACAACGCGAGCCAGAGAGAGCGAGAUAGCGUCAAAAGAACAAUUGUGCGUUUUUAAUUUAAAAAAAACAAUAGUUUUUGGAAUAUUUUGUGUCGUCAAACUGUGGUGUUGUGAAUCUGUAGGUGUUCGUGUUUAUUCGGCGCCAUUUCUCGCAGUUUCGCAAUCAUCGUGUGUCAUUUGUUGACGUCUUCACGUGCCGAAUUGCUGAUAUGUUGAAUUGUACACUCCGAUUGAGCGGCCGGAUUGCAAAUCAUCGCAAUUGUUUGAGAAAGUGUUACGUGAAAAAUAACAACAAUAACCACAACAAUAGUCAAAAUACAAAUUGCUGCUACUAUAGCUUCAGUGGCAUCGGUAUCGGCAAUGGCAACAGUAAUCUAAGCAUAAUCAAUUUCGAGGACAAAAGCACACAUUGCAGAUCGCACAGUUCUUGGCCACCGAAAAAUCAUUUGGAUAGCUCUGGGUCGGCGCGUACAUCAACAACGGCUGUUUUACCUGACGAGAAAAAAAUUGAACAACACGAACGAUUGUAUGCAUCAAAACCAGAAGAGAUGAAUACGAAUCGACUAAUCAAUGAAAAAUCACCGUAUCUUUUGCAACAUGCUCACAAUCCCGUCGACUGGUAUCCCUGGGGUGAGGAGGCAUUUGAAAAGGCAAAAGCUGAAAAUAAAGUGAUUUUCUUGUCCGUUGGAUAUUCGACAUGCCAUUGGUGUCAUGUUAUGGAAAAAGAAUCGUUUGAAAAUCCAGAAGUAGCGGCCAUCAUGAAUCGACAUUUUGUAAACAUUAAAGUCGAUCGAGAAGAGCGUCCCGAUAUCGAUAAGAUUUAUAUGCAUUUUGUUCAGAUGUGUUCGGGAACGGGUGGUUGGCCAAUGUCUGUUUGGUUGACACCAAAUGAUUUGGCACCAAUUACGGCUGGCACAUACUUUCCACCAAAUGAUCGAUGGGGUGUGUCUGGUUUUACAACUGUUUUGGAGAAAAUAGCCGAAAUGUGGCGUGAAAAAGGUGACGAAUUGGUGUUGAUGGGCAAAAAAAUCAUUGACAUUAUCAAACAAAAAGAACAAAGCGAAAAUAGUUCGGACCAAUCAUCUGAAGACGAUAUUGAAGUGCGAUUCAAUCAAGUUGUUCAAAUUUAUGAACGACAUUUUGAUGAUGUUUGGGGUGGUUUCGGUUCAGUAACCAAAUUUCCCGAAGUUUCGAAAUUGAAUUUAGCAUUUCAUGCACAAAUUCACAAGCCAGACAGUGAUAUGGGCAGAUAUGCAUUGAUGACUCUGGUGAACAUUGCAAAGGGCGGCAUAAAUGAUCACAUUUUUGGUGGUUUUUGUCGUUAUUCAGUGGAUCGAAAAUGGCAUGUGCCACACUUUGAGAAAAUGCUCUAUGAUCAAGGUCAACUAUUAACUGCUUAUGUGAAUGCUCACAAAUUGUCAAGAAAUAAAUUUUAUAUUGAUGUUGCUGAUAAAAUUUUUGAAUAUUUAAUAACUGAUCUGCGUCAUCCAUAUGGUGGAUUUUUCAGCGGUGAAGAUGCUGACUCCUAUCGUGAGCAUGGUGAUACGGAAAAAAUUGAAGGUGCAUUUUAUGCAUGGACACAAGAUGAAGUUCAAAUGCUUUUCACCGAAAAUGCUGAACAAUUUUCAAAUGCCGCAACAGCUUUAGACAUUUUUUGUCAUUAUUAUGGAAUCACAGAUGAAGGAAAUGUACAACCACAUAGUGAUCCACAUGGUCAUCUGCUUGGUCGUAAUAUACUUCGGGUUCGUACCACUCUUGGUGAAACGGCCAACAAAUAUGAUGUCGAUGAGGAAGUUGUCACAGACGUUUUAAAUAAAGGCAAUAAAAUUUUACACACUGAACGUUGCAAGCGUCCACGUCCACAUUUGGAUACGAAAAUAAUCACCGCAUGGAAUGGAUUGGCUUUGUCGGGCAUAUCAGCUUUGUCCACAAUUAAUCAUACUCGACGACGCGAUGAAUAUAUUCAAACUGCAAAAGAUCUGGUCAAAUUCCUGCAAAAGUAUGCAUAUCGACCGAAUGAGAAAACAUUAAUUCGAUCGUGUUAUGGAGAAGGCGUAAAUGAUGAAACAUUAACGAUUUUGGACAAUCCGAUCGAAGGAUUCUUAGACGAUUAUGCAUUCUUGAUAAAAGGUCUGCUUGAUUACUACUUGGCAACACUAGACAUGGAUGCAUUGAAGUGGGCCAAAGACCUCCAAGAUACCCAGGAUCGUCUAUUUUGGGACAACGAAAACGGUGGAUACUUUUAUUCGCAAGCAGAUUCGGCAAACGUAAUUUUACGCCUGAAAGACGAUCACGAUGGAGCUGAACCAUCGGGAAAUAGUGUUUCUGCACGAAAUCUCCUUCUUAUAUCGGCAUAUUUUCAUGAUAAAAGCUACAAAGAGCGGGCAUGCAAAUUAAUGCAAUCAUUUUCAUCGAAAAAACCAUUUGGUUACACGUUGCCGGAAAUGUUUUCCGCACAAAUGAUGCGAGCCGACAGUUUGGCUAUGAUGGUUGUUGUUGGACCAAAGAGUGAAGCACUUGAUAAUUUAUGCGAUGUGGCACGUGAUUUUUAUAUACCUGGACUCUUAUUGAUGCAUUAUGAUCCAGAGCAAGCACCUGAAAUGCUGACGCGUCCAGCCAUUUCAAAAUUCAAAAUGGUACGAAAUGAGCCAACCGUCUAUUUAUGUCACAAUCGACAAUGCCAGUUGCCAAUCACAAAAAUCGAUGACUUUCAUCGCAGUCUGAAAGAGAAAUACUUUCCGUUAACUCUGGAACACGACAUAGACACCCUAACUAGGCCAUGAAUUUAAAAAAGAACAACACAAAUUAUGGGUUCACGUGCAAGUUACUCAUCUGGCAUUGUUUUCACCAGUGAUCUCCAACCACGGAGAUUUCAUUUUUGUUUUGAUCGAAACGAAUUGUGAUAUUUGAUUUGAAUGCGACACGCGUUGAGUGAGGGAUGCAAUAUUUGAUAUAUACAAUACACAUUAUUAUUAUUAUAUUAUACUAUAUUUCUUCGUCGUUAUUUUAAAAAAGCUUGAUCUUAAACAGAAAACACAUUGACAGACAAUUAGAAAAUGCUGAAUUAGAUCUUAUACGAUAAUGAUCGUAUUAUAAUAUGUCAAUUUAUUGUUAUUGAUUUUCAUAGUUUUUCUUGGCUACAAAUCCAGCAUCUCGUCGAUGAUCUUGUACACAUUUUAAAAUUAUUGAUUAAAUGAUGUUGGACAAAUCCAGUUAAAAAACAAAUAUUUAAAAUAAACUGUUGCUGCAAAAA